UAUUUUCUAAAGACAAUCCGUUUGUUAAGUUAGUUAGAAGCCACUUAAAGGAAAAGAUUUUGGUAUCUAGAAAUGAUUCUUUCACACUAGCUAGUAUAAUAGAAUAUCUAGUUUCUCCUGUAGAGAGUAGAAAAAUGUAUACAUGGGGCGGUAUUUUUUUUUAUCUGAGAAUAUGCAUUCCUCUUGGACUAGCUAGCCAUAGUGAUGAUAUUUUGAGUAUCUUGCUGACUUUUAUAGACCUGGAGAAUGUGCUAGAAAAGGAUAUUUUUAUACAAAAUGCUAAGCUUUCUGGUGACUUUAAAUUUUCAAAGUUCAAAUAUUUUAGUUCCGUAAGAAGAAUCAAUCUAGAAAAUGUGUCUCUGCACUCAAACACUUUUAAAGACAUGGAGUUCCUCAAAGCACUCAAAGAUUUAAGAUUCUCUCUAAAGACAAAGCUAGAAGGGAAUACAGAUGUAAAAGUUAAUAUAGCCAGUUUAGAAUCUUUAACAAUAACAGAACUCGAGGAAGAAGAGAUUAAGCAUUUCCUGCGCUCUACAGACGAUAAGUGCUGUCCUCCCAGAUUAUCAGUUAAAAAUGUAAAUUUAUCUGAUACUGAAGAAUUUUCUAGAUUGUCAUAUCUGUCUUCUCUUAUUACAUUAAAUUUGUGUGAAAUAGUGUUUAAAGAAGUGCCUGACUUUACUUUCAUCAAGAAAACUAAGGCAAUGAAGUAUUUAGGAAUGCUAGAUAUAUUCUAUGGGUAUGCCGAGAAGUACGAAGAAAGCUCAUUCUCACAAAUUAGAAAAAAUGUAAACUACUUAAAUCAAAGCCAAACUCAAAAAAAGUAUGAUACAUACUCCGAAAAAGAAAAGAAGAUUAUUGAAGAAAAUAGAAAGAUAGGAGAGGCCAUUAGCAUAGAAUGGAUUGAUGUAAAUAAGAAUCUUUAUCACGACUUGGGAAUUAGUAAUCUCAGAACAUAUAAAAAAGCUACUAUAAACCUUAUAUUUCCUUUUCUUAAAGGCAAUAACUCUACUGAUGUAGAUUUAUAUAAUAUAGGAUUCUUUUUAGGCUUUGAUCAAGAGCAUAUAAUAAUUUCAAGCCGUUUAGACUCUAAAAGGCUGGAAAAGGAAUGUAUUCCUAUUAUCAGCGGUUUGGAGCUUCCUUUUAGUUCCUGCAUAAGCGUUAAAAACAUACAUCUACAGUUCUAUCACGAAAAUGAAGUACCUGAGGAAUUUACGAGCAUUCUUAUGAGAUCAACCUAUUUAUAUUCACAAUCUAACGAAAUUGAAAGGAUAUAUGCUAAGUCAACAAGUAAAGCCAAUAUAGACAUGAAUGCUGUCAUUGAGUGUGGUAAACAUUUUAAAGAACUCAUAUCAGUAGAUAUUGAAGAUUGCGAACUAUCACAAACAUCCAUCAAAAGCUCAAACAAAAUAGGAGUAGACGAUACACCUGAGUAUGUCGUAAGUAAAGUCAGUCAAGGAACACAAAUAUAUUUCAUCACAAAUCCUUAA